AUUAUGUAUUAGAUUGUGGGCAAGAUAGGCGUAUCAACUUUGUUGUUUUUUAUUUUAUAUUUGGAACAGUGUAAUUUGUUAACUUAUUUAAUAUUAUUGUAGUUUUUAUAUAUAUAUAUAUAUAUAUAUAUAUACAAAUCGUAUAGGCCCUAGCGUGUUUUAUUUUUUUAACUGUGUUCACUGGGAAACGGUCAAUGACCGUCCUAUUUGACGUCACAGAAUUACGGGUGAAAGUGAGGUCAAGUUUUGGCUUUUUCUGAUGUGCUACGUGCGUGAGGGUUGAGUAAAUGUAACUUAGUAAACAUCGGUGGGUGAUACAACUUGGUGACGUCAUUUAUGGACAAUUUUUUUUUCGCCCGCUGAUAGAUAGAACCUACACUUCUAAACCAGCACAUCUCUACAAUAUGAUGAGCAGUUAUAUGGCCUAAUGAGGGAACACUAUAAACUAAUCAAACUGGGUAUUGUAAAAGUAUAUCCAGAAUAAUGAAUAGAAAUCGUUAUGGAGGAUACAGUCCUCUUCGAGCAAAAAGAAGGCAAAGUGAUGCUAAAUGGAGAGCAAGUGUAGCUACCUGCUAUGAUGCUCUUAAGUAUGUUGUACCUAAUGUUAAACACCUAUCAAAGAGAAAGAUUUCCAAGGCAUUGAUUUUGCAAGAAUCUGAAAAACAUAUAAAAGACCUUGAAGAUGCCAUUAGUUAUCUGUUAAAUGUUGAAUGUGGAAAUAAAGGUAAAGCAGUUUUAUGGAGAGAAGGAGCUCAUUGGUCCCACUGCACCCUUGACAAACUACGAGCACAAUUUUCAGAAAAACAACGAAGAGUAUUUCAUGCAUCAGUCCAUGGGAGAAGGUGUUAUAAUCUUUUACAUGAUAUAAAAGAUGAAGUGUUCAAUAUGAAAGCUGACCCAAAGCUAAUGGCAUUUGUUAAGGAAACAACUGAAAAAAAUUUUGUCUUAGAUAAUAUUAACAGUGGUCCAACCAUACUUGAAGAAGAAAAUAGAGAUAUAUCUGUUGCUGAUGGUGACGUAUUUGAAAAGCACCAAACCAUAAUUACAGCAAAUGCUGUCACUGCUAAUAAUAAUAAAGUUGUGUCCACCUUAUGCAAGGGCAUUCCUCGGUUUCCUUACCUGGGACUAAAUAAGCAUCAUAACCAAGAGCAUCAAAGUGAAAGAAGACUACACAUACAAAGUAAUGCAAAAGACUCUCAUAACAAAUCUUUACAUGUGUAUAAAAAUGAAUCCAAGAGACUUUCUAACACAUCUUCAGAAGUAAAUGUUCAAACUGUGCCGUGUCUGAAACCUGGAACACCUGAAUCCUCAUUGAAUAAAAUAGAUGUACAGAGAAAAAGUAAUAAAGACAAAACAAUUAAUAUAGAUAAGCAGGACAGAGUUGAGAAUAGUAAUGGAGGUUUUUAUAUAUUGUCUGAAGGAGGAGAAUAUACAUGUUUGCUUAAAGCUCUUGAAAGUGAUAAUAAUGAUCAGGAAGUUCCAUCUGUCAAAUCGCCCAAGAAAAUUGGGAAAAUUAAACCACCUGGAUUAAUUUGUGUAAGCAGUGAAUCAGAUUACAGUAUUGAAAUAAAAAAAGAACUAAUCAAAGUUGAAACUGAAGAAUUUACAAGUCUGCUAAAAGAUGUUGAAAAUGUUGGCUGUAAUAACAAGUCCACUAAUCAGACAAGUGCAUUAGAUCCCAAGACUAGUGCUUUUAGCAGUCCAUGGUAUUCUCCUCAUGUAGAACUAAAGAAGGAAAUCAAAGAUUUUAAAACCCCAAGAACCAGUGGAGAUCCUUUUUUAAAUUCAAUGUGUUCUCCAAAAUUGGAAGUAUCAUUGUGUUCAAAUGCUGAUAAUGAAUUUACCAACAGGAGAUCUGGAAAAUUUGUUUCAGCAAGGAAAAGGCUUAACUUCAAUAUCCAGCCAACCUCAGUGGGAACUUGUUCUAUCUUUGGUUCCCACAUGUUAAGCCCUGACAGAUGGCCAUCACCAGUCUCCACAUCAAGCUUCACACCUGUCAAACUUCCAGAUGACACCAACUGUGAGACAAGUAACCCACUUGAUUCAUUUGUCUCACCAUGGAAGGUCCUACACUCCCCUUUUGAUUCUUCAAAGAUAGGAAGUCAGAGCUACCUGAAUAACAGUACAGGUUUAGAAGACAGCCUUCUGUGUUUAGAGACAAUGGAUGCCAUAGAUGAAGAGGAAGAAAAUCACAAUGAAAUAACUCCAGCACAACAUAAGAAACAAAAACAACAGGAAGGAACAUACAAGAGAAAAUUGUUUGUGUCCCCUGAAACAUCAAAAUCACAACCUAAAUGUCGUAGAAGGCUUGAAAGGUUAUACAACUGUUCCAGUGGCUCUCAAAAUGUAGAUGACAGUCAUGUAGUACCUCAGCUGGAGCUGACCAUUUUAAAUGACAAACUGGAUGAAGAGAUGGCACAGUCUAAUAAUGAAUCACUUGCUACUGAUUCCUCAGAUUUUGAUGGAUUCUACUUUUACUAUCGUCAAGUGAGUCAGCAGCUGAAAGAUAAACUAGGAUCCCAUGAUCUUGACUCUCAAACCGUGGCUGCUAAAGUGGCACACAUGUGGACAAAGUUGGCUCCACAGGAAAAAUCCACCAUGUCCACAUUAGCAAACUUGGAAGUGCAAAACUGUGAUGAAGAGAGAUAUGGUACAUUGAGUCAAGACCUUGAUGAUGUGAAACCAUUGGACCCCUUAGAGUUUAUUCCUUCAUUCAUGUAAAUUUUAAUUUUGUUCUGGUUGUCUUUUUUCAUUUUGACAUAUUGUUGUAAUAAAUAAAAAGAGUUGGCCAACUUUUCU